AAAUAUUGACAAUAUUAUUGAUCGUCUAGGGGCCGCUUUACUCUAUUUCCAAAACCUAUUAGCAGUUUUUGAAUCAUGACGGACACCGCAGUUGCUGCAGUUUCAUCACCCGCUCAAGUCGCUACCAAGGCUGCGCCUAAAAAGAAAGUAGCAUCCAAAGCCAAACCUGCAUCUUCUCAUCCGACUACUGCUGUUAUGGUUACCACGGCCAUCAAAGAACUCAAGGAUAAAAAAGGUUCGUCACUACAAGGCAUCAAAAAGUACAUGGCCGCUAACUACAAAGUGGAUUCGGCCAAACUCGCUCCGUUUAUUCGCAAAUUUUUAAAAGCCGCUGUCGCAAAGGGACUCUUGGUGCAAACCAACGGUUCAGGCGCAUCGGGUCAUUUCAAAAUGGCCGCGGAAAUAAAAAAAUCCGUUCCGAAGAAGAAGGUCGUUGCCAAGAAGCCAGCUGCUAAAAAGGCGCCUGUUACAGCAGCCAAAAAGAGGAAAUCGGUGGUGAAAAAGUCUAAGGCAGAACCGGCUGCGAAAAAGACCAAGAAAGAAGUAGCUGUUCCCAAGGCGAAGGCCGUGAAACCUCCUAAGUCCCCGGCCAAAGCAAAAAAGGCUCCUGCUACCAAGGCCAAAAAGACUCCGGUGAAGAAAACUGCACCCAAAAAAAAGUAAAUCACAAGUGUUUAAACGAAUUCUCUCUCUAAAACGGUCCUUUUCA